GAACGAGCCGUUGGCUGCAAUGGCCUUGGAAAUGACGGGAGGGCGGGAUCACUCCUGUAUUAGCUCCGUCUGAACAGCAUCUAACAUGGGUAUCUCUCGUGACUCCAAGCACAAGCGCCGCGAAACCGGUGGUAAGCGCAAGUUCUUCCGCAAGAAGCGAAAGUUCGAAUUGGGUCGCCAACCCGCCAACACCAAAUUGGGUGCCAAGCGCGUGAACCCUGUCCGCGUGCGCGGCGGCAACCAAAAGUUCCGCGCGCUUCGCUUGGAUACGGGCAACUUCUCGUGGGGCACUGAAGCCAUCUCGCACAAGACCCGUAUCUUGAUCGUGUUGUACAACGCGUCCAACAACGAAUUGGUGCGCACGAACACGUUGGUGAAGAACGCCAUCAUCCAAAUCGAUGCCCACCCGUUCCGCCAAUGGUACGAAGCCCACUACGGCGUCAAGAUCGGCGUGAAGAAGUCGCAAGAAGGCGAAACCGAAGAGGCCGUCAAGCAAUCCAGCCACGUGCAGCGCAAGUUGGCCACCCGCCAACGCACCCGCGAAUUGGACCCUCGCCUUGACGAACAAUUCGUGCAAGGCCGCUUGUUGGCUGCCAUCUCGAGCCGCCCCGGUCAAUCCGGCCGCGCCGACGGGUACAUCUUGGAAGGCAAGGAAUUGGAAUUCUACCAACGCAAGUUGGCCACCAAGAAGCAAAAGAAGUAAACUGGACGACACGCUUUACUUUGGUUCAGAUGGGAGUUCUAAUAUAUUAGCUUUCCAAGCUACGAAUGCUUUUCUCGC